AUGUCAAUAACAAUUUCUUUUAUUUGUUCUUCUCCUUUUGUUUUGUUCAUCUUAAUCUUUCAACAAACCAAAGUAAAAAGAAUGAACAUCAAGACUUAUACAUUAUUUAUUUUUUUAUUAUUAUUCAUUGCUAUACAACAGAUAGAAUCAAAAAAUGAACAACCAAUUAAAAUAGAUAAUCAUCAACAACAACAACAAUUGUUGGAUGAUUCAAAUUAUGAACUUGGUGUUGGUAUAUGGGAUGUUACUGGUCCUGCUGCUGAAACUGGAAUGAUGGGAUAUGCACAACCAGGACAGAUAACAGAAGGAAUUCACUUUAGAUUAAGAGCACGUGCUUUUGUAUUUGUCGAUGUCAAUGGAAAUAGAGCUGUCUAUGUUAGUACCGAUGCGUGUAUGAUAUUCCAAGCUGUCAAGUUGAAUGUCGUACAAUUGUUACAAGAUCAUUUCGGACCUGAUCUAUAUACAUCUGAUAAUGUAUUGUUGAGUGGAAUACAUACACAUUCUGGUCCUGCUGGCUAUUCAAUGUAUGCUCUCUAUGGUAUCACUGCUCUUGGUUUCUAUAAGGAAAACUUUGACACUAUUUGUAAUGGUAUAGUACAAUCAAUUAUCAUGGCUCACAAUAAUGUACAACCUGGUAGAUUAUUGGUUGAACAAAGUACUCUUUAUAAUACUAGUAUAAAUCGAUCACCAAAUGCAUAUUUAAAUAAUCCAGAAGAAGAAAGAUCACUUUAUCAAGAUGAUACUGAUAAGAAUAUUACAGUGAUUAGAUUAGAGAAUGGACAAGGUGAUGCAAUAGGUGUAAUCUCUUUGUUUUCUGUUCAUUGUGUAUCAAUGAACAACACUAAUCAUUUGAUUAGUGGAGAUAACAAGGGUUAUGCUUCAUAUAUGUUUGAAAAGUAUAUGAAUGGAAAUGACUCGUUGCCAGGUGUUGGUCCAUUUGUCGCUGCAUUUGGUCAAUCCAAUGAAGGUGAUGUGUCACCAAAUACGAUGGGUCCCAAGUGUCCAGAUGGGAGUCCAUGUUCGUCCGAUUCAACUUGCAAUGGAAAGAAUGAAGGAUGUAUUGCUCACGGUCCGGGAAUAGACAUGUUUGACAGUACAAAGAUCAUUGGUACCAACCAAUUCCAAAAAACAUUGGAUAUGUUAGAGUCUGCAUCGACACUGGUUUCAGGUGCCAUCCAGUAUCGUCAUACCUAUCUCGCUAUGACCAAUUUGACAGUGUAUCCACCAUUUGUACAAGAUCCAGUAACCACUUGUCGUCCAGCUAUGGGAUAUGCCUUUGCUGCCGGUACAACCGAUGGACCUGGUGCUUUUGAUUUCACUCAAAACGCAAAUGACACACAAGGUAAUCCAUUCUGGAACUUUAUCUCUGGGUUUAUCGCCAAACCAACACAAGAACAAAGAGAUUGCCAAGCACCAAAACCAAUUCUACUCGAUGUAGGUAUGACCAAGCCAUUGCCAUGGAUCCCAGAUGUUGUACCAAUUCAAAUCAUCACUAUUGGUCAAAUAGUUCUUUGUGCAGUGCCAGGUGAAUUUACAACCAUGUCUGGUCGUCGUCUUCGUAAUACCAUCACACAAAUCAUUGGUCAAGGUAUUGAUAACCCAAUCGUUCUUGUAGCAGGUCUCGCCAACACCUACACUGGGUACAUUGCCACACCAGAAGAAUAUGAUGUCCAAAGAUUCGAAGGUGCUGCCACUGCAUUUGGCCCUAAUACUCUUAAUGCCUAUUUACAAGAGUUUUCAAAGUUGGCUCAGUCAAUUGUUGACAAGAAAGAGGUUUCAGCCGGUCCAACCCCACGAAACAUGACUGGACAUACAUUCUUUUUCCUUCCACCAGUGAUUGUUGAUGAAGCACCCAAUGGACAAUUUGGAAAGGUGUUGCAAGAUGUAGAGUCUAGCUACUCUGUCGGUGAUACAGUAACAGUCUCUUUUUAUGGUGCCAACCCACGUAACAACUUUAUGACCCAGUCAACCUUUUUGACAGUUGACAUGUUACAAUCUGACAAUACAACCUGGAGGACUAUUCUUGUUGAUGGCGAUUGGGAUACUAGAUUCUAUUGGAAGAUGCAUAAUCUUGUACAAUCAGCCAUCACCAUUGAAUGGAUUAUAGACCCAUCAUGGAAUUACCAACCAGGUACCUAUCGUAUAACACAUUCUGGAUAUGCAAAACCAUCAAUGUUUUCAGAUAAACUUGUUCCCUAUUCUGGUCAAUCAAGUGAAUUUCAAAUUACCAAUUAA